CAGCUCCAUUCGGCAUUCUCACUCGAGAGUUUAGUCGGUGUCAACGAGUGGAACGAACAACACGCCUUCGGCAGCCCUGGCAUCAAGGUCGAGUCGCUUCCUCCGACGGAUCGUGCGUUUGAGUUUUUCCGUUUCGUGGGUGGCACUGUGAAAAGUUUGCCGAUUAAUUGGAUGAUGGUCAGUAGUCAGCGGUUUAAUUGAGUGCGGUUCGGGUCAAAGUGAGAUCUCCGGAAAGGUCCGCGCACCGCGGGAAACCGGAAGGAGUGCGUUCAGUGGAGAUUGUGGAAUAAACACUCGGGGAAGGCUCGAAGGAUUGAUUUUCAUUUUGUUUUAAGUUCGACAUUUUUCUUUUGUGUGAAAUUUUCGGAAGUUUUGAAGGGGAGAGCGAAAUGUCGAAGAAAUUUAUCGCCUUCAGGAGGAGAGAAAAAAGUUUUCCCUCUGAAUCAAAUGGUGCAAUAAUUUAAAGUAAAAAGUUUUUGGUCUCAUUUCGGCAGGGAUUCGAAAAUUGUCGGAGAAUUGAAGAGGUGAAGUAAAGUGGAAAAUAAAUAUAAAGAUAAGAUUAAUCGAGAAAAGUGAUUGAAGAGCGAAGUGAAAAAAAUGAGUGGAGAAAAGCCGGCAGAUGAGGCAGCAGAAUAAUGGAAAUGCCGGUGUGCAGAGUGAAGAGUGAAGUGGCAGCCGCGUGCAGUAGCAUCAGUGUAAAACAAUUGAGAAACAGUGCAGUGUAGGAUUCAUUGUCCCCUCCCCCCUCCGAUGCGAUAUGGAAACCUUUUCUGACAUUCCGUCGAAGCAGCUGCGACAGCCAGAGACGACGGCUGGCGCCGAACUGCAGGACACCAAAAAGAGAGCCACUACAGCUGGCUACACCAAAGCGCACAGGAGAAGUCCUUGCAGGAAAACUAACACUGGCGGCCAUGGCCACAGCCGAAAGGGUAGUGGCAGCGGCCUGGAAAAUGGCAACCACCCAGCCAAAUCAAACCUCUCGUCAGCAUCCAGUCUGAUCGGCUAUUUAUUCUACCUGCUGUGCAUCACUUCGCUCGGUGCUACCAUCUACUCAAACAUCCGCCAAUCACAUUUAGAGCAUAGAUUAUUUAGCCUAGUUAGUAUCGAAGAGCGUCUGAGUCUGCUGGAGACUCAGAUCCGGGAUGUAUAUAGAAGCGGUCGGAUGCACGCCGGGUCCCGGGGGCGCUUCCAGUCGUCCCAGGACCAGGAGCAGGAGGAAAGCGUUUCGGAUAUUGUGCGGAAGAUUUCGCUGCAAAUUGCCGAAUUGCCACGGAUACGGCGCGACGUCUCCACACUUAAGCUGUCGCGAGCGGUUCGCCAGGCUUCGAUCCAACCGAUGGAAGGCGAGUGCAUGUGUCCACCAGGACCACCGGGCCCACCAGGACCUCCCGGGAAGAGAGGGAAGCGUGGCAAAAAGGGCGACCUGGGUGAACCAGGGGCGGAGGGUCCCACUGGUCCACCAGGCAAGAACGGGCUUCCGGGCUUGAAAGGAACGAAGGGCGAUCGAGGCUCGAUGGGGCCAAUCGGACUGGACGGUCCCAAAGGAGAGCCGGGACGACCCGGUGACAAGGGCUCGAAAGGUGAGGUUGGAAUGCCACCGAUAGACGUGUUCCAGACAGUGAAGGGAUUAAAGCGAUCCGUUACGACACUGCGGGGCGGCUCACUGGGAUAUGCGGAGAUUGUAGCCGUUAAGGGUGAACCUGGUGAACCUGGACCACCAGGACCACCGGGACCUGUUGGGCCCUCCGGCCCGAUAGGACUCGACGGACGGCCCGGUCCGCCAGGUGAUCCGGGACCCAAGGGAGACGCUGGAUUGGCAGGCGAGAAAGGUCCUGUGGGUAAUCCUGGAACGCCAGGACUGCCGGGAGCGAAGGGUGACCGCGGUGACAAAGGUGACCGAGGGCUAACGACGCACUUCAAGGGGGAUCAGUUCCCGGCGGGUAUCAUCGAAGGGCCGCCUGGCCCUCCCGGGCCGCCUGGUCCACCGGGUGAAAAGGGCGACAUAGGCCCGGAGGGACCCCCCGGUCCGCAAGGCGAAAAAGGUCCUCGGGGAAAACGCGGCAAAAGGGGCCCCGGCAAAGAUGACGAUUACGACGAGGCCAUGCUGGCUCAGUUCCGGGGUCCACCAGGGCCACAGGGUCCUCCGGGACUGCCGGGGCGAGACGGUAUACCAGGACAGAAGGGUGAUGCGGGAGAGGUCGGUGCUCCCGGGUCGCUCGGACCACGAGGGCUGGAUGGAAUGCCCGGUGAACCAGGAAUUGAGGGACCUCCCGGUCUUCCAGGGUAUCAGGGCGCACAAGGGGAGAAGGGUGAUCCGGGUGAUAUUGGUCCGCCCGGGCUGAUGGGGCCACCCGGUCUUCCGGGGCCUCCAGGCUAUCCGGGUGUCAAAGGUGACAAGGGCGAUCGAGGAGAUUCCUUUAGGAAAAUGCGACGGCGACAGGACACGGAAGGAGGAAUGGCUGACGAGCCAUAUCGAGAAGUGUUGUAUGGCCCACCGGGACCUCCAGGAUUGCCGGGCCCUAUUGGACACCAUGGGCCCCCUGGACCACGAGGCUUCGACGGAAAGAAGGGUGACCGAGGCGAGAAGGGUCAGAAAGGAGAUUACGGACCAAUGGGACUGCCAGGUCCAAUAGGAAUACGCGGCGAUUCCGGUCCAGUCGGUCCAGUAGGAAAACCGGGUCACACGGGACCCCCCGGACUGGACGGGAUGAAGGGCGCUCAGGGCGAAACCGGCAUCAAAGGAGAAAGAGGUGAUCCCGGACUGCCUGGAACGGACGGAAUCCCCGGCCAGGAAGGACCCCGCGGUGAGAAAGGAAGCAAAGGUGACCCGGGUCCGAUUGGGAAACGCGGCCGCAAGGGUGAUCGUGGUGACAAGGGCGAUCAGGGAGUGCCCGGACUGGAUGCUCCCUGUCCGCUGGGAAUGGAUGGAUUACCCCUGCCCGGAUGUGGCUGGCGAGCACCGAAGGUGUACCAAGAGCCAGUGCUGCCAUCGCCACCCCACAAGGACUAUCUGCCCGAUGUGACCGGAACGGAAAACGAAAGCGAGUACGCGGAAGAGGAAGACGACGGCGCCGGCGGAGAGGGCGAGGACUACGAGGAUGAGUAUGCGGAAAACGAAAACGGAAACUGAAAGUAAGCACAGACCGCAAGAGGACAGCUGCUGGUCUGAUGUCCACUCCACUGGUUGCUUACAGUUUGCUCUGAAUAAGAGAGAAGAAAAAAACUGACCGUAAAUUUUCACUUUCGACACACAAACCGAAUCGUUGCACAAAUGAGCACUGGGAAAAAGCACUUUCAACAAAUGUUUCCUUCCGAGAAGAAAUUUGGGAUCGUUUCGCAAGUAAACUGAAAUUAGACUUCAAAACGCGCACUGCCACUUCAAAUUGAAAAUAGGUAUUAAUCAUGGCUAUCUAGAUUUGUAGGAAUAAUAAAUUAUGACAUAAAGGAACACCCCGAGCAAAAAAAAAUAAAGCGAGCAACUAAAGCAACGAAAGUGCGAACGUAGGAUCGAGCGGUUUCUCGAAAAAACACAAUCACAAAAGUGUGACCAGCCAACCAACAAAAAAAGGCGAUUCUUAUUUAUUUCAUGGACAUACACAGGGCUUUUUCGCGUAAUGUUUUUUUUAGUUCUCUUAUUUUUUUCGGAAAUCGAGCGAAUGGAAUGAGUUUGCGCAAUUUCCGCCUCCGGAGCCAAUUAUAACUGCGAACGGCGGCGGCGACGGCGGAAAUGCAGCGUCAAUUGUAUGAAUGAAACGAAUUUUUGUAUGUGGCCGAGAUUUUGUGUACAACCCCAAAAUGCGAUAAAUGUGAGUGACGAUUGUAAACACAAAAAUACAUCUGCGCUGCAUAAAUCAGUGAAGCCAGAGCGCGGAGAGAGUAAUUUAGUUCCUACGGUAGAAAAUAAUGAAAUACGAGAGUAUGAGCGUUAUUUUUAUGUUCUGUUUAA